CACAAAGUCGAAACAAAGUGGUGAAUCUGCUGGCACGACAGACUGGUUUCUAAAACAACAACCAUAGCCAAUCAGUGUUUGGUCUCUUUUUCUUUUAGACCCACCCUUUCUCUUCUCUUCCCUUUCAACUUCAACUCAACAACCCUUCCCUUCUCAAACUCAUUCUUGCCUUUCUUUUUGUUCAUACUUUUAUUUUUAUUGCUACUUACUUUCUAUUUCUAUCCAAUCAUCCAUGGCCGAGGAACCCCAAAAACCAGCCUCCGCUGAAGAAGUGGUGCCUGUUCCUGCGGACACGCCACCAACUACCCAAUCUGAAGCUGAAGCUGAAGUUGAAGCAAAUGCAGAAAGCAUCGAAGAAGUGGUGGCGGAAGCAGAGAAGGCCCAGAGUGGUGUAGAAGACAAGAUUUCCCAAUCUGAAGCUGAAGCUGAAGUUGAAGCAAAUGCAAAAAGCAUCGAAGAAGUGGUGGCGGAAGCAGAGAAGGCCCAGAGUGGUGCAGAAGACAAGAUUUCCCAAUCGGUUUCGUUCAAGGAGGAGACCAACGUGGUUGGCGACCUCCCCGAGGCGCAGAGGAAAGCCCUUGAUGAGCUCAAGAGGCUUGUUCAAGAAGCGCUCAACAACCAUGAGCUAACUGCUCCCAAACCAGAACCAGAGAAGAAGAAAACGGAACUCAAAGCACUGGAGAAGAAGGAGGAAGAAGUCUCUGAAGAGAAGAAGGAAGUUGAAGUGACGGAAGAGAAGAAGGAAGCAGAAGUGACGGAGGAGAAGAAGGAAGCAGAAGUGAUAGAAGAGAAGAAGGAAGCAGAAGUGAUAGAAGAGAAGAAGGAAGUUGAUGCGACGGAAGAGAAGAAGGAAGCAGAAGUGAUAGAAGAGAAGAAGGAAGUUGAGGUGACGGAAGAGAAGAAGGAAGCAGAAGUGAUAGAAGAGAAGAAGGAAACAGAAGUGAUAGAAGAGAAGAAGGAAAGAGAAGUCCUAGAAGAAAAGAAGGAAGGUGUUGUUCCUAUUAGUCCAGAGGAAGUUGAGAUAUGGGGAAUUCCCCUGCUUGGGGACGAGAGGAGCGAUGUGAUUCUGCUAAAGUUUCUUCGGGCCAGGGAUUUCAAGGUGAAGGAUGCCUUGAGCAUGCUGAGAAACACGGUGCGUUGGAGAAAGGAAUUCGGAAUCGAGGGUCUUGUCGAGGAAGAUCUUGGAAGUGAUUGGGACAAGGUGGUGUUCAGUCAUGGACACGACAAAGAAGGGCACCCGGUGUACUACAACGUGUUCGGUGAGUUUGAGGACAAGGAGUUGUACAACAAGACAUUUUGGGACGAGGAGAAGAGGAACAAGUUGAUAAGGUGGAUGAUUCAGUCGUUGGAGAAGAGCGUGAGAAGCCUUGACUUCUCUCCGACAGGCAUAUCGACAAUAGUGCAGGUGAACGACCUUAAGAACUCUCCUGGGCUUGGCAAGAGGGAGCUGAGGCAGGCCACCAAUCAGGUCCUUCAAUUGUUUCAGGAUAACUACCCUGAGUUUGUGGCCAAGCAGAUAUUCAUCAAUGUUCCCUGGUGGUACCUUGCCUUUUCUAGGAUGAUCAGCCCCUUCUUCACACAGAGGACCAAGAGCAAAUUUCUCUUUGCUGGCCCAUCCAAAUCUGCUCACACCCUUUUCCAAUAUAUAGCUCCGGAGCUGGUGCCGGUUCAAUAUGGUGGACUUAGCCGAGAGGCUGAACAGGAAUUCACCACUUCUGAUCCUGUCACUGAGGUUACAAUCAAACCCGCGACUAAGCAUGCUGUUGAGUUCCCUGUUUCUGAGAAAAGUCAUGCUGUUUGGGAAAUCCGAGUGGUGGGCUGGGAUGUCAGCUACGGUGCUGAAUUUGUUCCCGGCGCUGAGGAUGGUUACACUGUCAUAGUUCAGAAGAACAGGAAAAUUGGUCCCGCUGAUGAGACCGUUAUUACCAACGCUUUCAAAAUUGGUGAACCUGGCAAGAUUGUACUCACCAUAGAUAACCAAACUUCCAAGAAGAAGAAACUCCUCUACAGGUCCAAGACCAAGCCCAUCCCAGAGUAACUUGAAGCUCAAGAAUAAGGAUUUUACUGUUACUGUUAUAUGUUCAUCAUUAUUACAACAACAAGAACAAGAACAUUGUGCUGUUCAACUUAAUUCUUUCAUACGGGGUGGGGUUCUUUUCUUCAUUUGCUUUAUAAAAUUAUUUUGUUUCAAGUCUGGGGUUGGCCUAUUUCAUUUAAGCUUACGGUAGUUUGCUAUUUGGGUUUUGGAAUUGGAUAAAACCUUUGCUAUUUCAUUAUCGGGACGGGCUUCAUUUGUACAUGAAACAAUUAAUGUCUGUUUGCAUUGUCAUAUACUUUUAUGCCUGUAAAGUUUGUUUAAAUGUGAUCAUCUAUUCCUUAUUCCCCUUUAUAA